UUCACCCCCGAAUCUCAAGAAUCGUACGGGGCAUGCAAGUGCAUCAGCGCUUGCCAGCGCGGGGCUGACGCCGCCAUGGCGUGUGGUUUCGUCUGCUCUCUCCAUUUUCUUGGUAUGACGAUGACACGUACCAUUGGAAAUCUCUGGUUUGGCGUGUCGCUGGACCAUGCGGUAUGCUGUGAAAAUUCCAUCCACGUUGUGCUCGUCCCUCGAGGCACGAUGCAUCAUCCGUCGUCGCAUCCCGCCAUUCCUGUCGACCCAAUUCCUCGAUGGCCAUGAUGUGCCCUGUGCCCUCUCCAAGUCUCAACGACGACACCCUACAGAAACGUGUCGAAUUCAGUGCGAAUGCGGCCUCGAUUGCCAUUUGAGAUGUCGUCAGGUCAAGGGUUUCAAUGAUAUGAUAUUUCGUGCGUUGGUAGCCUCGCACACCGCUUUCGUUGCAUCUCGUUACACGAGCAGGAUGGAUUGCAAUAGCUGGACAUCGUCAUCUGUCCAUGCGUCGACCGUUGGUACGGGGACAUUCAUGUUCUCGUGUUGGUGUGGCUCGGUGGGAUCGUCGACUAGUGCGUGCUUCCACGACCUUUCCUCCGUGACCGCUGUGCCAUCUUUACUCGACUUGUCGUGAUGAUGGGUGACAGUGGUGGUGGCCGUGCCGAGAGGGGAGAUGCCGCGAUGGGGAAUAGCUUGCUUGGUGUUUUUAUGAACAGCGGGACUGUCGUAGGCCGACUUUGGGAGCCCGCAUAGAAGCAGCGACGGGGGCGCAGGUGGCAGCAUUCCAUGAUAGCCCACUGGGAGAGCGGUAUGGGAAGUCGUCGUCGGGGGUGGAGGAUGUGCAGCUGGGAUGGCGGCGGUCGCCAACGUGGGGUUGUGAAAGACGAGCGGGUUCAGGAUCUUGUGCUGAUGGUGCUCCAAGUACAUUUGUUGCGCGACGGCCAUCGUGACCUGCUUCUUCAACAUGGCCUUCAUCUGCGACCGUUCUUUUCGUCGGACGGCGUGGAGCGACUGGUACUUGCGGUCGCUUCGUCGCUGGAUUAGGUUCUGCUUGACACGAUGCUCUUCGCACAGCGAAUGUGCCUGGCCGUUCCGCUUGAGCGUGCGCUCUUUGAAGCACUUGCCCGUCUUGUACUGGCACUUGCCGAUGAAACGCGUCGUCGCAGUGUCGGCGUGUGCGCUGGGAGUCCCGGACAGCGGUACCUUGCCCACUGCGGCCCCGUGCGGUGCGGCGGGUGGCGAGCGCUCCAUCUCGGGGGUGGUGUCGCUAAUGCUGUGGGAAUCCCAGUGUGGUGGUCGCCGCACGGCGUCACAUUGUGCUGUCUAAA